UCCACAGUGUGUGGGAAGCCAAAGAUGGUUGGGAAGGUGUUCGGUGGCCAGGACACAUUGGCUGGCCAGUGGCCAUGGCAGGCCAGUCUGCUGUACCGGGGAUUGCAUCUCUGUGGAGCUGUCCUCAUUGACUCCUACUGGCUGCUUUCUACAGCCCACUGCUUUCGAAACAAAUCCCAGGACCCAGAGGAUUAUCAGGUACUGUUGGGGAAUACUCAUCUGUACCAGAAAACAAACCACACUCAGAAGAUGCCUGUGAACCAUAUCAUCAGUCACCUAGACUUUGAGAAGUUCCAUUCCUUUGGGAGCGACAUUGCAAUGCUGCAGCUUCGACUCCCCGUAAACCUCACAUCCUACGUUCUACCUGCCUGCCUCCCAUCCAAAGACACACAGCUCGCCAACCACACAUCCUGUUGGAUAACUGGUUGGGGAAUGCUUUCUGAAGACACAAAACUGUUACCACCAUUCUCACUCCAGGAGGGUGAGGUGGGCAUCAUAGACAAUGAGUUCUGUAAUGCCUUGUAUGGGCGAACACCAGACCAAAGCCUGAACUAUAUUCAUGAGGAAAUGCUAUGUGCGGGAGGCCUCUCCACAAGAAAGUCCAUCUGCCGGGGUGAUUCUGGGGGACCCCUCGUCUGCUACCACAUCAGUGCAUUUGUCCUGGUAGGACUGGCUAGCUGGGGCCUGGAGUGCCGGUAUCCCGUUUACCCCAGCGUCUUCACCAGGGUCCCCUACUUCACUGACUGGAUCAGCCAAGUCAAGAGACUCACUCCCCUUCCAGAACCUGAAUCUCCCCAUACAGAACUCCAACCCAGGCCUCUGAGGGCUGCUGGCUCCCCGCAGCCCUGCAGCGGCCUCCUAGCUGCACAGAUUUGGUUCCUGCUGCUAUUUAUCCCCAAGGCUCCACAGUAG